CUCGUCAAAAAGCACAAGCAAAGCAACCAGAGCCAGCCACCACUACUCGCCUGCUCCGCUCGCGCAUCCCAUCCCAGCGGCGGCAGACAGAGAGCAGGGAUCGGCGGGUCCGCCGUCGACAUGGCUCGGUACGUGGAGAUGCUGGACAUGGGCGUGCGCAUCGCGGCGAGGUUCCACUCGCACUGCCCGCAGACGGCGCGCAUGUACUACAAGCCGCCGCAGACGCAGACGCAGACGCAGUCGCAGUCGUCGUCGUCCUCCUCGGCCGACGACUCCAAGGCCGCGACCGCGAGCUCCGCCCUCGACGCGCCGUCGGUCCGGCGGCCCUUCGCGCUCGCGGCGGCGGCGGCGGAGUUCCGCGCCGGCGACCGGUCGGGCCAUCAUCAGCUGCACGGCUUGGACACCGCGCUAGUCGUCGUGUACGAGGUCAUGUGAGGGGUCGACGAGGGGAGGGGAACAAGAACGACCUUCUUGGCAAGCGCCGCAAGAAAUUUGCUGCGAGAUGUGUACUCUGUUCUUUGAUUUGUACAUAGCUGUGUCGGAAAGUUUUCGUCCAACACAGAUGAACUGAGAAAACAUUCAUUCAUUCAACAUGUUGUUCUUCGGGAUUU